UUCAGGUUUCAAUUUUAUAAUUGCAUAAUUCAGGUGAAAAAGAAAAAAAAAAGGGGCGGUGGUGUAGUAGCUAAGCAGCCUAAGCUGAAGAGGUUUUGACAGAGUUGUGAUCUCUUGAGAAACAAACAGAGAAUAUGAUUCACUUUGUCCUUCUCAUUAGUCGACAAGGGAAAGUGAGGUUGACCAAGUGGUAUUCGCCAUAUUCACAAAAAGAAAGAACUAAGGUUAUUCGUGAACUAAGUGGAGUGAUUCUGACUCGAGGGCCCAAGCUUUGCAAUUUUGUUGAAUGGAGAGGAUAUAAAGUUGUUUAUAAAAGGUAUGCUAGUCUUUAUUUCUGCAUGUGCAUUGAUCAGGAUGACAAUGAAUUAGAGGUCCUUGAAAUAAUUCAUCAUUAUGUUGAGAUUUUGGACCGGUACUUUGGCAGUGUCUGUGAGUUGGACUUGAUCUUCAACUUCCAUAAGGCCUACUAUAUAUUGGAUGAGCUUUUGAUUGCCGGUGAGCUUCAAGAGUCAAGCAAGAAAACAGUUGCCAGGCUAAUAGAUGCGCAGGAUUCACUGGUGGAGACUGCAAAAGAGCAGGCCAGUUCAAUAAGUAAUAUUAUUGCCCAGGCUACCAAAUAAGACUAGAAAGAGCAAUUGCAUUUUUUAUUGAUUGAUUUUAAAAUGGUGCUGUCAUUAGUUGAUGCUUAUUGCAUUUUUUUCCUUUUGAUAUGUGGAAUGUGUGAGCUUGUAUUUUAUUAAACUGGAUAGUUAUUGUGAUUCACCUAGAAUCUGUCAAAUGUGAUUCAUGCGAUUGACCCUUGCAUCAAGUGAAACUGAUCACUAAACGCUCUCUGAAUGUUGUUAGCGGUGAUUGUACUUAAAUACUGUAACAACUGACUUGGUAGAAGCUGCCUCAUUUUUAACGAUGAUUGAUGGAUCGUUUUUUCCCUUA